CAGGCGGCUCUCCUGGGCUGGGCUCGCGGCGUCGCUCCGCCCGCCUGGCCGAGCGCCGCAGUCCGGCUGCGCUGCGGCUUACAGAGCCCCGCGGCCUGGCCCAGAGGGCAGGCUCCCUGCGAGUCCCUGUCUCUUGGAUUUGCCUACAUUGCUGAGUUCCUCAAGAGAUCUCUCCUGAGUGUCUCCCUUCCUGUCAAGGUGACCAUGGAGGUGGGUGGCCUUCCCCUGGAACUCUGGCGCAUGAUCUUAGCUUACCUACACCUACCUGACCUGGGCCGCUGCAGCCUGGUAUGCAGGGCCUGGUAUGAACUGAUCCUCAGUCUAGACAGUACCCGCUGGCGACAGCUAUGUCUGGGCUGCACUGAGUGCCGCCACCCCAACUGGCCCAACCAACCUGAUGUGGAGCCUGAGUCUUGGAGGGAGGCCUUCAAGCAGCACUACCUUGCCUCUAAGACCUGGACCAAGAAUGCACUGGACUUGGAGUCCUCUAUCUGCUUUUCUCUGUUCCGAAGGAGGAAGGAACGACGCACCCUCAGUGUUGGGCCAGGCCAUGAGUUUGACAGCCUGGGCAGUGCCUUGGCCAUGGCCAGCCUCUAUGACCGAAUUGUGCUGUUCCCAGGUGUAUAUGAGGAGCAAGGUGAAAUCAUCCUGAAGGUGCCCGUAGAGAUUGUGGGCCAUGGCAAGUUGGGUGAGGUGGCCCUUCUAGCCAGCAUUGACCAGCACUGCUCAACCACACGUGUGUGCAACCUCGUCUUCAUGCCAGCCUGGUUCUCGCCUAUCAUGUAUAAGACCACAUCAGGUCACAUCCAGUUUGACAACUGCAACUUUGAGAAUGGACACAUCCAGGUCCAUGGUCCAGGUACCUGCCAAGUGAAAUUUUGCACCUUCAAAAACACCCAUGUCUUCCUGCACAAUGUGCCCUUAUGUGUGCUAGAAAACUGUGAAUUUGUGGGCAGCGAAAACAACUCUGUAACUGUUGAGGGUCACCCUUCGGCAGAUAAGAACUGGGCCUACAAAUAUCUACUGGGCCUUAUCAAAUCCUCUCCCAUUUUGCUUCCUGCAGAGGACAAUGACUUUUUAAUGUCCCUGGACUUAGAGAGCCGGGACCAGGCCUGGAGCCCAAGGACCUGUGACAUUGUCAUCGAAGGCAGCCAGAGCCCUACCAGCCCAGCCUCUAGCUCCCCAAAGCCAGGCUCCAAGGCUGGCUCCCAGGAGACAGAGGUGGGCAGUGAUGGGGAAAAGGUGGCCCAGACCCCAGACAGCAGUGAUGGCGGCCUGAGCCCCAGCGGUGAGGAUGAAGAUGAGGAACAGCUCACAUACAGACUGUCCUACCAGGUGCAGGGCCCUCGCCCUGUCCUGGGUGGCUCCUUUCUGGGCCCUCCACUACCUGGAGCAUCCAUUCAGCUGCCCAGCUGUCUGGUGCUAAACUCACUACAUCAGGAACUGCAGAAGGACAAGGAGGCCAUGGCACUGGCCAGUUCUGUGCAGGGAUGCCUCAUCCGCAAGUGCCUCUUCCGAGAUGGGAAGGGCGGCGUCUUCGUCUGCUCCUAUGGCCGAGCCAAGAUGGAAGGAAACAUCUUCCGGAACCUGACUUACGCAGUGCGGUGUAUUCAUAAUAGCAAGAUUGUCAUGCUCAGGAAUGACAUCUACCGCUGCCGGGCCUCAGGCAUCUUUCUUCGCCUCGAGGGUGGAGGCUUGAUCGCUGGCAACAACAUCUACCACAAUGCAGAGGCUGGUGUAGACAUCCGGAAGAAAUCCAACCCACUCAUUCUGUGUAACCAGAUCCACCACGGCCUUCGCUCUGGCAUUGUUGUCCUUGGCAACGGGAAAGGUGUCAUCAGGAACAACCAAAUCUUUUCAAAUAAGGAGGCUGGCAUUUAUAUCCUGUACCAUGGAAAUCCAAUCGUGAGUGGAAACCACAUCUUCAAGGGCCGCGCAGCUGGCAUAGCAGUGAACGAGAAUGGCAAAGGCCUCAUCACAGAAAAUGUCAUCCGCGAGAAUCAGUGGGGAGGUGUGGACAUCCGCCGAGGAGGGGUCCCUGUCCUCAGGAGCAACCUCAUCUGCUUUGGCUACUCGGAUGGCGUGGUCGUGGGCAAUGAAGGCAAAGGACUGAUAGAAGGAAAUACCAUCUAUGCUAAUAAGGGCUGUGGUGUGUGGAUGAUGUCAUCCAGCCUACCCCAUGUCACCAGCAACCAUGUGAGCUACAAUGGCCUGUACGGAGUGGCAGUAUUCAGCCAGAAAGAUGGCUCUGGGGAGUUCCCUGGAGGCCAUGGGGCCCAGGAGAACUUCAGUGAGGACGGGGAUGCCAUCCUCUGGGAGACAGAGCUGGAGAAGGAGGAUGACCCGCUGCGCCGGCCCAUCACCAUAGCACUCGUGGAGUCUAACAGCAUUAAUCACAAUGGAGCAUCAGGAGUCUUUGUCCAGAGCAGCGAAGCACUGCAGGUCAUCACCAAUGUGAUCCAUGCCAAUGGGGACAGAGGCAUCACCAUUGCUCAGAGCAGCCAGCUUACCAGGGUGGCCAACAACAGCAUCUCCUGCAACCGCCAGAGUGGGGUCAAAGUUGAAGCCCAGUGCAAGGUGGAGCUCCGGGGCAAUGGUAUCUAUGACAACAGAGGCCAUGGCAUCAUUACCAAGGGCGACAGUACUGCGGUGGUGGAAAAUGACAUCAUUGGCAACCGGGGCAGUGGGCUGCAGUUGUUGCCCAGGUCUGACACUAAGGUACUAAAGAACCGGAUCCACUCAUUCCGGGCCUAUGGCAUUGCAGUACGGGGACGUGUCAAGGCCCUAGUACAAGAGAACAUCAUCUUCCAGGGCAAGACCAACAAGACCAUCUUCCAGCAGAUCACUAACAACCGAGAGUGCAUCAUGCAGAACAACAAGUUUCUGGUCUUCAAGAAAAAGUCUGACACCUGGCGCCUGGUGAACCCACCAGCACGGCCUCACCUUGAAAGUUCUCACAGGGGCUCCUCUGCAGCCCACAGUGGGCAGAAGGUGACAGCCAUGGCAACCAGGAUCACAGCCCGUGUGGAAGGUGGUUACCACAGCAACCGCAGCAUCUUUUGUACCAUCCUGUAAGGAAGAACACUUGCCCCAGGCUCAGGCCUCAAAGGGUGCUCAGAAGAGCUAAGAGGCCAGGACUCUUGAUGGAAAUUGUGCCUGGGGAGACUCUCAGCCCCACCGCUAUCCAUACCACCAUCACACCCUAAAAGUGGGUCCCAGGCCUCCUGGGGACUAAGGACAAGGUACCUCUAAAAUCCUUUAGCCCCAAGCCCUCAGCAAGAAGGAACUUGGAAACAUUUCCCCAGGAGAAAAGGGAAUAGCAGUUAAGAGAUUGUGAAGAGGGGGGAAACACGAACAGUACAAGAAGUUUUUAAGUCACUAGUAUUUCAGGUUACAGGGAACCUCUUUACACAGACAAACCCAGACUCUUCUCAGGGAAGAGAAUACUCACUUCUAAUGAAGUGAUUGUGGUGGGCUGGAAACAACUGCUUCCUUUCCUGGACCUGUCCCUCAACAUUUGGUCCCUCUGGGGUCAGUAGCAGCCUCCCAGCUUCCUCUGGGGGCUUCAGUAUUUUUAAGGACAAUUCUUAGUUUGGGGCAUGGUCCUGUGAGUAAAGAAGGGCCUUGGAACAAGGAACUCUUAACUGAAAUGCUGUCCAGGAAUGAUGGGGCAUACUAUAAGUAAGGAGCAGGUGGCUGCCUUCGGGUAUACAGGCAGGUGCUGGGCUGGGCAGUGUAGGAAUGAAGAAAGUUCCACUGUCCUCAAGGAGUUCCCCAAGUUGAGGACAUUUGUUCAGUGCCUGCCACAGGAUUCAGAUUGUGAGUGCACACUGUAGCUGUCCCUCCCAGCUCCAUCCAGAUGGAGGUGCCUGGACCCUCCACAUGUCCAUGUUCUUAUGGAUGACCAGCCCUACCAUGUUCCCCACUCUGUGCCUUGGCUCAAGCUUGUUUCUCUUCCAGCAUGCCCUUCCCUGCCAUCUCCAUAUGUGCAGACCCCACCCAUUCCUCAAGGUUUAGCUCAGACACUGCUAUCUCCAUUUGACUUUCCCUUGCUCUACAUGACAAUAUUGGCCCCCUCUGAGCCUCAGUCACCCUCCUCUUGCUCCCUCUCAGGGCACUGAGCACUUUCUGCCUUGUUUUAGAACUUUCUGGGUCCAUGUCCUGUCCCAGCCAUUUACUUGUGAACUCUGAAGGCAGAGCCACAUCUGUAUCCCUAAGUCCUGGCCCAGAGCUGGGGUAGUUAGUGGCCCAAGUGAAGAAGACCAGCUCCCAAAGGCCUUUACUGAACCGUACUGUGAAUGUGUCAGGUUUUGAGUCAGGUGGGCUUGAACCCCACUGAGGAAGGGGGCUGAAUGCAGGUCCAGCUCAGCCUCAUGAUCCCCUUCCACUCAGCCUUUACUGCAGGGCCUUCACCAGCCUUUGGGGGUCAUUCUUGCACUGGACCAGAUCCUAGGCUGGUUCUAUGGGGCCCUAGGUGCUGCUUUAGUAGGUGGGUGGGAGGGGGGAGUUGGAGCCAGGAGCUCUGGCCUCUCCUCAUGUCCUCUGGGAACAAGAACACUGGUCUUUCCCAUUCUAGCAAUCCUUUGCACUCUGUCUGGUGGCCCCUAUGUGAGUCGCUGUAUAAAAUGCUGCCUUUGUUAUUUUGUAAGAAAUGACUUUUUGUGAACCAAGUACUUAUGAAAAUCUCAACCAAAAUAAAGUUCUAUAUUUUAAAAGA